AUGAAGGUGAGGUCAUCAGUGAAGAAAAUGUGCGAAUUCUGCCGGACAGUGAAACGUCGUGGCAGAGUAUAUGUAUUGUGCACAGCCAAUCCCAAGCAUAAACAGCGACAGGGCUUGUCGACCCUUGCUUGUGAAGAAGGAUCACUACCUCCUGUGUCAUCACAAAUGCAGAUCAUCAGGAACAAUUACCAGACAGGAAAUAGCCAAAACUAUGGGUUUCCGGGAGGUUUGGCAUCAAUCCUGACCAGAAAGCAGUGGCCGUUGCUCAUCCAUGGAUGGAGAGUCAACCUGGCAUCUCUCCUUCAGAGACAGGACAAGUAA